GCCCAGUUCUAGCGUCCCGGCCGUUAGGCCGGGCCCGCGUGCCUUCGGCGGGCUGCGCAGAACGCGGGAGCAGGUCCGGACCGGGCAUGCCGGGAGCCCCUCUGGUACCCGCCGCCGCCCCCGCCCCCAUCCCCGCGUCCGUCCCCGGUAGGCGCUGCUGACGCGCGGAGAUGAAAUUCCCGGCCUCCGUGCUGCCGUCCGUGUUUCUGUUCGUGGCCGAGAUGACGGCGGCGCUCUACCUGAGCAGCACCUACCGCACGGGAGGGGACCGCAUGUGGCAGGUGCUGACGCUGCUUUUCUCGCUGCUGCCCUGCGCGAUGGUGCAGCUCACGCUCCUCUUCGUGCACCGCGACCUGAGCCGCGACCGUCCGCUAGUGCUGCUGCUGCAUCUGCUGCAGCUCGGGCCCCUCUUCAGGUGUUUUGAAGCCUUCUGGAUCUACUUCCAGUCAGACCAGAGUGAAGAACCUUAUGUCAGCAUCACCAGGAAGCGGCAGAUACCCAAAAACGGCCUCUCAGAGGAGAUUGAGAAGGAGGUGGGCCAGGCAGAAGGCAAGCUGUUCACCCACCGAUCUGCAUUCAGCCGGGCAUCAGUGAUCCAGGCUUUCCUGGGCUCAGCCCCGCAACUGACCCUGCAGCUGUAUAUAAGCGUCUUGGAGCAGGACGUCAGUGUUGGAAGAAGCUUCCUCAUGACCUUAUCCUUGUUGUCCAUCGUGUACGGAGCCUUGCGCUGCAACAUCCUAGCCAUCAAAAUUAAGUAUGAUGAGUAUGAGGUCAACGUGAAGCCUCUGGCUUACAUCUGUAUCUUCUUCUGGAGGAGCUUUGAGAUUGCCACUCGAGUUAUAGUCCUGGUCCUCUUUACCUCCGUCCUGAAGACCUGGGUGGUGAUCGUCAUACUCUUCAACUUCUUCAGCUUCUUCUUGUUCCCCUGGGUCCUCUUCUGGUUCAGUGGCUCCCCAUUCCCCGAGAACAUAGAGAAGGCCCUCAGUCGGGUGGGCACCACCAUUGUGCUGUGCUUCCUCACUUUACUCUAUGCUGGUAUCAAUAUGUUCUGCUGGUCAGCUGUGCAGCUGAAAAUCAACAACCCCGAGCUCAUCAGCAAGUCUCCAAAUUGGUACCACCUACUGGUGUACUACACAGUGAGAUUAAUUGAGAAUGCCAUCCUCCUCCUCCUGUGGUAUUUUUUUAAGACCGACGUCUAUAUGUAUGUGUGUGCUCCUCUCUUGAUUCUACAGCUGCUCAUUGGGUACUGCGCAGCCAUCCUCUUCAUGCUUGUGUUCUAUCAGUUCUUUCACCCCUGCAAAAAGCUGUUUUCCACCAGUUUUUCUGAAGGCUUUCAGAUGUGGCUUAGGUGCGCCUGCUGUUUCCACAGGCAACAGAAAUCCUGUGAGUCAGUAGAAAAGACAGAUGUAAAGUCAUCCAAAAGCAGAGAUGAGACACCUUCGAGCAGUAAAAUAAGUACUGAUCCCAGUCACAACUUUACUGCCGAUGAGCUCUCCUCUGCUUAAUGGGAUCUGAGGUCUCAGGGCACAGGCAUGUUAUUUUCUGGGUUGAUACCUGUUCUUCAUACAAGUAAUGAGCCCUCCACAGGGAACAAGGCAGGAAGAUAACUGUCAACUCCUUGUGAGCUGCUCCUCUUUAUAGAGCUCUUGGGUAUGUGGGAACUAUGGGGAGAAGCCAGGGCAUCCUCUGAGUGUUAAAGGAGCAGCCUAAGACACCAUAGUUCACAGGUGACCAUGUUAUGUUCUUCCAGGCAUGACUGUCCUUUUCAUUGACAAAGUAUCCCUGAAAUCCAAGUUGGGCUGCUUAAAUCCAUCAGGUAGAAUGAGGAGAGCGGCUUACUUGUUUUCUAGUUUUCUGGACUGUUGGUUUGGGUAGCCUGAUGAUUAUUAUCCCUGAACAUAGUUUUUACCCAAGAGCUGUUCUGAUGACCACAGAAGGUUACUGGGGUUUUUCUGUCAGCAACAUCGUUCUUGUUGGAGUAAACAGGGAGGGCUGUUCAAGUUUGAUUUUUGAAUAGAGAGAUGUUGUUUUUUCAUCUCAUUAGGGCUUUUUGUACAUAACCAACUAUAGCCACCCUGGCAUGCUAUCGCUAAUUGAUCCAAGGGCCUAGAUUUGGAGACUUUAUUCCCUAGGAUCCAUUGACACAAAAUUGAAUUUUAAAUUUGGUUAUGGAAGCCCUAGAAGUUUAGGAAAGUUGUGUUUGUUCAAUAUGUUGAAGAAAUUCUGAAUCAGUAGGGUUGUUAAAACAUCAAAAUGAUGGAGGCUUAUAUAAGUAGAAUUCUUACCUUCUCAGGCUGGUUGAACAUGUGAAUCUGCUAGAAGGUAGGCUUAAACCUCCUCAAGGUUCAGUCCUGUCCUGGGAUUCUGGGAAAUUUCUGGUCUACCGUUUUUGCUAGGAUUUGCCUUCUUAGGAAAGAAGAAAUUAAAAUUCAUAGUCUUCAGUCCUGCCUCCCCCUUCCUUACCUGCCAAGAAAGUUUUAGACAAGAGUUACCUUGGCUAACUUAAGUUUGUCUGGAAAACCUCACAGAAAUCUCUCACCCAGUGCAGGAAUAUGAGGGUACUUCAGAAAGUUCAUGGGAAAAUAGAAUUAAAAGACAUUAUGAAUCUUUCCAUGAACUUUUUGAAGUAUACUUGUGUAAGGCAUUUUAAUUUUCAUUAUUUGAAGGAAAAGAGUUAUCCUCACCACCAUCACUAGUCAAAGAUUGACUUCAGACACUUUUCUAAAUUAUAGAAGGAAAUGAAAUGACCAGAAGAUAUUUGUCUUUCAUUGAAUGUAUUUUGAUUUGGCAUAAUUGUGAGUUAAUUUGGACAAGAUCUCCAAUUUUAACCUCCUACAACCUUUUAUCUUCUGAAUAGAGUUUCCUUUAAUCUGGAACUCUAUUUCAUAAAAGAGAAUUGGGUAGCAUAUACUCAGUUGUUUUCGAAAAAUGUUUGGAUUCAAUCCUAUUAUUUCUACUGUUAAAAUUUUAAUAGUGAAAUACCUAGAGACAGAUGACCAUAAAGAACAUACCAAUUUAGAGUGAAGAUUUGAGUAAAAACUCUGAGAAAUUUACAAAAGGUACUCUUAUUUAUGGACUCUACUUUACCAGAUGAAAUAGGGAUCCACUUCUCUGACUGUAUUAACCCACAAAAUGUAUUUAGCUGGCCAUUGCCCUUCUGAUGAUUUUCCUUUUUAAUUCUUAGUGUCAAGUUUAUAAAUUUUAUACACACAAAUGAAAAUGCAAUUUGAUAACAAUUUAUGCUGCAUUAAGGAGUAAAUGAAACAGUAAAUAUUCUUUCACAGGGCGUGCAUAUUAAUAUUUUUAAUACAAUUCCAUGGAAAUACAUCAGUAAGCUCCUAAACUGUACAGCCUCACUUUUAGUUUUAUGAGAUACUUUUCCUCAUUUAAAAUUCUCUUGGUUUAUCAGUAUGUGUGGUUUAAUUUUUUUAGGAUGUCUGGGCAACAGAUUGUUUUUUCUCUGUUUUUAACCAAAUAAGAAUAAAACUCAAGUUUGUCUAUAUUCUUGCUGUUAGCACAUCACCUACUACUUGCCCUAUUUUUAAUAGGCCAAAAAUAAAUAGUGAGCAUACAUCAUCAAAUGGAUACUUCAUACAACAUACACUUCCAUGUCUCUCCAUGUAAUCACAUAUGUGCAUAGAUACUCCAUGGUAAUACACAAAAUCAUCCUUGAAAAUAUAUAAUGACUAUGAGUAAAAUAAAGCUAAGAUGUUAAAACAUCCUUUUUUUGUAAUUUCCUAAUUAACGAAAGGGUUCUAUAAUGAUUAGGAGAGCAGUAAGGCCAUUUCUAAAUUAUUCCAAGUGUUUCUUUAUAUCAGACCAGUUAGUAAUGUUCAUUGAGACCAGAUAUUUUCAAGCUUUUUUGUGAGAGAAACAUUCUUGCCUGGAAGCUUUGCAAUGGCUGAUGGUGGGGUGAUGGUGCCCCUUUUCCACCUGAAAUGCCUUCAUGUCAUGCCUUGGGAGUAAGGAAUGGGGGCAGCCACCAGCCUGUGACUGACUAGGUGUGUUCAGAAUUUGAGAAAGAUGGAGAGACUGGUAUUUCCCAGCCUUGAUUUGGAACCCUGUCUCAAAAACCUUUACAAAAUGUUAACUUUCAAAUGCAUUUUAAAUAAUUCUAAAUUAGAAGGUAGGUAAGCAUCUUGAGUGACCCCAAACCAAACUAACAGUGAUGGUCUGUCAGAUUCCCAAAACCCAAUUCACACAUUUAUAAAGACAGAGAUAACUAAACUGGACAUUUUAUCAGUUUUAACCCCUGUAUUAACCCACAAAAUGUAUUUAUCUGGCCAUUGCAGUGAUACAGGUACCUCAGCUUUGAGGACAUGUAUGUCCAUUCACUUUGGGGGAGAGAAAUCACUGCUAUUUUUUUUUUUUCUGCGUGGUGAUAAGUCAUGGUGAACUGAGAAUUUUUGUUUUAAAUUGUUUAUAUCUGUAAGAUGGCAAAAUUACAGUUCACACUGCAGAGCUAGGUUGUCUAAUGACAUCAAAAAAAAAAAACAAAUUUCCUCGUGUUAGGAGUUAAAAUGUGUCUUUCAGUUAUAAUUCCAAUUUUUAGAACUCAGUGCUUUGUGUAAUUAAUCACAUGCCAUUACUUGUCAUGACAGCUGUUCCAACUGAAUAACUGUUAUUUGGCUGGAUGGGAGUGAAAUAUUUCCUCAAAAUAUAUUGAAAUAAUAUCAUCAAGCAUGUUUAGACUUUCUGUCAUCAUUACUGGAGACAGCCCAGUGUAGAGAUUGGCAUCUCUCUGUCCAGCCCUACAAGUUACUUAGUUGCUCAGUUUCCUCACCCACCAAAUGUAGAUGAUCUAUUUAUCCAACCUACCUCACAAGGUUGUUGGAAAGAUCAAAUUAAAUAAUAGAUGUGAAAAUACUUUGAAAAUAUUUUUAAAGUGCCGUGCAUACUUAAAGAGUUGUGACUAUAGUUGUUCAAAUCCAUAAGUUAUUAUUUUUUUUUUUUACUGUUUGAAAAGAAAUACCUAGUGUCAUCCGCAUGAGUGUCUUGAGUGGAUAUGUGGGCCUUUGGCCUUCUCAGCAGUUGCCCUUUCUCUUACCACUGGUUGCUUACAAAACAUAGUACCGAAACACAUGGGACUUAGAGGAAAAAGACUCACUGAAUCUGAAAAAGUGCUUCUUAUGGCAAAUGAGUUUAUUAUUUUGGUAUCGUCUUUCAUAAAGGGCAUAGCAUCUUAUUAUAAUUGUGCUUUACAACUUGAAUGCCUGAUUCAAGGCAUUAAUUGAAUGUGGGUUUAAUCUUUUCAGUCUUGUAAAUGGGAAAAUAAACAUUAAAAUUGACUGUCAAAUACAACAUUUCCUUGUAAACCACCUUAGAACAUUAGUGCUGUGGUUCUGAAUGGAUGUGCCAGUACUUCUCAGCCAAUGUAUUGUGGAUGUGAGCUUUUGUGGAUUGCUUCUCCGCAGUCAUUGACUCUAAUAAAUAUUGUUUAUGUUUCUUCAUAUAAUAAAUUAAUUUUUCAGUUUC